AUGUCAGAAAACUUGAAAAGAGCAGAAUCGCUCUUCAAUAGAAUAAUGAACCAGAAUACCGGGAAUAUUGCGCCUAAAAGCAACAAAAAUGGUCCAGUUAUUGGUAGUUCAGAAGUAACGACUGGAUCAACUCGGUUUACAAGUCACCAAGGGAAUAACCACAAUCAUUCUCAUGGGCCUGGCAAUAGUGCCAACCGACAUCAUCAACAUCAUCAUCACUCGCAUAAUAAUCAUGGUCAUUUCAAGCCAUAUAAGCAGCAGAGUAGAAAUCAAAAUAAUGGGCCGAAUGUUGACCUACCAAGGACCGAUCCUAUUAAGGUAGCUCUGGAAGUACUCAAGAGUAUUCCAGAAGAGCAUCACGUCUUACCAUACUGUUGGACAAUGUGGCACCACUCGCGCCUUAGAAGUAAGAAAGAUGAAUCAGAAGAGACAAACAAUGAUGAUUCUGGUCAACAGGCGACGCUUGCGGCCCCAGUUGACUCUUAUUUGCAAACAACGCAAAAAAUUGAUCUUCCCGCUAUUAAUAACUCUGAGGAGUCAACGGUGAAUAUAGGCUCCAUAGAGCAGCUAUGGGUUGGACUCAGUAGUAUUAGGAGAUCUCAUGAUCUCCCUAUUGGCACGGAGUUACUUUUCUUUAAAAGCGGCAUCAAUCCUGUUUGGGAAGAUCCUAUCAAUGCGAAAGGCGGUCGCUGGAUCUUUAGAUUCAAUCGCAGAUCUGGGAAUGGAAGCAAUGAAGUAAGCGAAUCGAUGGCUAAAGUCAGAAGACGUACUACUCUUAUUUGGGAAAGGUUGGUGGUUAAGACGUUGUCGGGUUCAAUUUUCCCUACAUCCAACUACUCAGAAGAGGUUCAAAAGCAACUUCUUAAUGAUAUCAGUGGUCUCGUGUUGAGUAUUCGAAAAGAUGAUGAUAUAAUCAGCAUUUGGAAUUCUAACCUCAACUUCUCAAAGAGAAAUAGUGAUUCCAAGAAGUUAACACCUUUUCAAGCAAGGAGAGUUAUUUGUGAUGCGAUUCUUCGCAUAAUUAGAGAGUGCGACUUGAUUGGAGAUGGUUCUGACUGUGUAACCACUACUGAUACUGGGUCUAAUGAAAGAGUUUACGGGGUUUCAUUUGAAUACAGGCUACACUCAGAUAAUGCGAUAACUCACUCUUCAUCAGAAAAACACGUAGGUCGUCGUCAUAGGGCCCUUACACAGCAAUAA